ACCUACUCUUUUCUUCGUCUUUCUGUACACCUUUCAUUUUGACUCGUUACUUUCGGAGGUUACGAUUUAGACGUUAAAGUGGCGGAAAAAAAAUAAAAACUGCUCGUAGGGCACGAAGGGUUAAGUAACGAUCAAGAAAACGCCAUUCUGCUAUAAUUGUGGUUGCUAAAAAUUAGCGACAUGCGUGAAUUCAAUGUAAUAUUUACGUUAUUGACUCGUUGCGAAUUUAUAUUCGAUUCGAUAACCUUUUGGUUGCGUGUAUUACAGGUUCAUUCAAUAAUUUUGUUAUGUUAUUAGCAACAUCAUUUGUUUAAGCAAGCUCUGCUUAAUAAAAAAGACACACAUUGUUUAUAUGUCUCGUUCAUUCUCCUGUUGCAAUCAGUUUUGCAGUAUUGUCUACCUCUGCUGUGUCAAUAUUAAAUAUAACAUGAUUUCAGUUGACAUAAACAGCUAUAUAUUUUAUCUUUUAAGCAUAAACUGCAAAGUUAUUCUAAUUCUUAACUUUGCGUGAUAUUAGUGUCUUUACAUGCUAUAAUUCAUUUAAUGUUUUGUGCUCUUGUGCAUCCCGGAAACAUUAUUGGAAAUAUGAGGUUUCCUUUUCAUCGAAAUCGUGGUGAGAAUUUUUCAUAGACGUGGAUCAAUCAUGCAAAACUUUGAUGAUCUUGAUAUAGAGGGUCGUAAUCCCUCUCAUUUAACAGAAGAAGAUGAAGAAAAGGAAGAGUAUGAUCGAAAACGUUUAAUGAGGAGUAGUGUUACUGCCGAAGAUGGCACGCUCAGGCCUGUGUAUUCUGAAACUGAAGAUGGUGAUAUAUGGUGUCAUAUAUGUAAUAUCGCUCUGUUUGGGGCUCAUAAAUUAUUAAAUCAUAAUAUGUGUAAUCGUCAUAAAAUGAAAUUAGAUGAAUGGCCGUAUCCAGUUUUAUUAUGGUCUAAACGAACAGACAUUGCAAAAUCAGCUCCACCUGUGCAGUCGGCUGCCAUUAGCGAUAGUCUAGCACCUGGAGAACCAGUACCGCCUGGCAUGGAAGACCAAAUAACUAGAACAACUACGAUUCAGAUGAGUCUGGAUCGACACAGAAGUUCUCCACUAGUUGGUCUCGAAUAUCUCCUAGAAUUGGUCGAUAAUGAUUCUUGUGAACCCAGUUAUACAUGUGUUUUGUGUGAUAAACGAGGCGAUCCUCGUACCGUUAUGGCACAUAUUACCAGUUACAAUCACAGAAUAACUUAUCUAAAUAGACAUUUUCCAACCAUAUCGCGAGCAAUUAUGGAACUACCGCGUACUCCUAAUUAUAAACGUGGAGCUAAUGAAAUAUCGGUGUUAGUGGCUAAGAAGAUAGAAGAACAAUUUGGAAGAUUACAACCUCAAUUGGUUGACAAGAACCAAUACGAAAAGAACAAAAUGCAAUAUAUCAAGAGGGUCUAUCAGGAUUACCACUUUAGGGAAACGCCAGAAUUAACGUUUAUGGAAGUUUACGAUGUGCGAUGGGUAACGAACUUCGAAGAGAAGAUGGCCGAAAUAACCGGUAAUAGUGGUUCAAAAAAAGAUUCUCAAUCAGCCGAUGAGAAACUAGACGAUAAGCACAAAAGUGAAGAGAAGAAAAGUGAAAAAUCAUCACCGAAGAAAAUGGAGUCGAAAUCGAAUGUGACAAAAUCGGGGUUCAAGAUUCGAAUCCUUACGAGGGAUAAGUUAAAUAUGCGUAAACCGUUAGAUAAAGAUGAAGAGAACGUGAAAAAAUCUCCCAAACGUCCUUCGGACGAGACCAAAUCCCUCUCGUCGCUUUCGAGCAUAUCGAGUAGCCCAUCGCCAUCGCGUUCGAGAUCACGUUCGCCGAUCCGUAGUCGUAAAGACAGUUCGAUAGACAAAAGUGGCAAGUAUCGUGGCAGCAAAUCGCGAUAUUCACGGGAUCGAACACGAUCCCGUACGCGUUCGCGGUCACGUUCCCCGGAACCGCUCAGGGAACGCGACAAGUGGGAUAAAUAUCGGGAGCAGAUUAGACGUGCCGAGGAGACCCUCGAUCGUGCGUUAAAGUUUCACGAGAAGAAUCCAGAGAAGCACCCCUCGUACCCGGACGAAUGGAAGAAGUUCUGGAACAGACGGUACAAAGAGUUACAGGCUGAAGGUAAAGAUCCCAGCAAACACGACUUCAAGCCGGAAUGGAUCGAAUUUUGGAACAAACGAAUGCGUGAGAUCCACAAUGAGCAGCUACAACAGCGCAAAGAAGAGAUUAGGAAACGAUUGGAGUUGCCAGAAGACAAACCGCCAGAGAAAUGGAUCCCGUCGAGCAGACGCGAACGAUCUCCGCCUAAGAGGAGUCGUCAUCGCGUGGACAGCGACGACGAGGUAGAGUAUGUCGGCACAAAGACAAUCAAAAGCGAUUACUACGAUCGCCACGAAGCUAGGGAACGCGAGUACGCGUACUCUUCGUACAUGCGUGGCAGAGGAAGCGUAUACAGGAGCAGCUACUACACUCGCGGUCUUCCUCCUCGUACAAGACCAAUACACUACGCUACACCAUAUCCGGUGAAAGACAAAUCUCCGAGUCCCAUACCGGAGGAGGUGUUAACCGAGGACCUUGAAGUCGUCGGCUUGUUACGAUUACUCACGGCACUGGAAGGUCAGCUAGGCUCUUUAGGCCCUAAGAUAGUAUCUCUCCUUUCGAAAGCGUUAGCAGCGGAAAAGGCAAAACCUAACUCUGCCGAGGAGUUGUUGUACGACGAAGAAGUGAGCGUGUUGUUCGAAACUGUGAAAGAGAAGCUGAAGGGUCAGUUGUUCGCGGGGAUGAUAGAAAAGAUGGCGAUAACACCGACUAAAACUGCGAUACAGAAUAUCGCGCAGCUACUGCACAAAGCGUCAGAGAGCAAAAAGAAGAUGGAAGAAGAGAAGAAGAAGAAACGGGAAUUGGAGGCUGCUAGGUCGACGAGUUACGUACCGAGAACGGUUUAUCCGAGGUCGGUGGAGAUUAUUACACCCGUUAUUAAAUCGGAACCCGUCAGUGUCCCUGGUGUUGGCACUGUGGACAAGGUAGCUAUAGCUCAACAGAUAGCGGCUGCUCUUGUGGCGCAGGGUAGAUCAAACGUGUCGCAGGAAGAAUUAGAGACUCUUAUCAACGCUGUCGUUGGAAUGGCAGAGGCUUCGAAGAAUUCUGAUAAGCCAGUUACCACUGCAGAUUUCGUGAAAGGUUUAGCGAGCGGUAACAGCUCUCUUCCUCAAACUGCGACGUCCGCAUCGACCGGGUCGACGGUGACGGACACGGUCGAACGUCAAUCUUCCAGAAUGGAAAGCAUGUCGGACGCAGAGUUGAAAUCUCUUUUGCAAAAUUUUAAAGAUCUGAGUAGUCAAGAACAGCAUGGACUAAUAAAUUUCUUGAAAAAGUUGGAGGCGACUGACCCAGUUCGGGUAGAGAAAUUGAGAGCGUUCGUUAAUUUGGGCACGACGUCGACGUCGACGCCAAAAAUAAAGUCUCCAACGCCAGAAAGUAUCGAGACUAAUAUUAAGUCGCGCAAAAGUGUCUCCCCCUUCUCCGUUCACAAAACUAACCAAAACCCGAUUGAGGUGGAAAAUAAAUGGAAACCCAAGAUAGACAUGUUCGCGAACGACGACGAGGAAGAAGAACAGCCGACGAAGAACGAGAACGAGGACAAGCCGAAAACGAAACUAGAUUUAUCGGACGACGAUGACGAUUACACGUUUGAGGACAUAUACAAAGCGGCGGAUAAGAACGUCAGCGAAAACGAAAAGGCAAAGAGCAAGUCUCGAGGAUUCUCGAAAUCGGUGUCGAAUUCGCCGAGAUCGUGGACGCAUUCUCGUUCGCCGUCAAGGUCACGUUCUCCGGUGCGGUCGAAAGAGCUGACAAAAACUAACGAUCCAAACGCUAUCUUGAACGAAACCAAACGGCUGAUAGCUAACAUAAUGGGUGAUCUUCCAAACAAGUACGUACCGAAAUCACACACGAGCGAAAAUACCGAACAGUCUGUAACGAAACCGUUGGAUUCGAUGUCCAAUCCGUCGACAACCUCGAUGUCGAAUUUUUAUAAUCAAGGUUAUGUUCAGAAUAAUCAACAGCCCUUAGCCCGUCCACAAGGACCUCCCUUGAGUUAUCCAAACAUGCCCAAUCAACAGUUCCAAGGUUAUCCGCAACAAAUGUACAGUGGUAAUCAAGGUUACAUGGACAAUGGUUAUAAUUACCAAGGUUACGGUGGAUUAGGUAAUCAGGGUCAAUACAGUGGACCGUCCAUGACAUCGAAUCAAUAUUCUGCUCAACCGAAUUACGAUGGAUCCUCGUACGGUGGACCCGCGGGUCAUCCUUCGAGUUAUCCUCAACAACCACCGCAGCAACAAUACGGGAAUUAUGUGCCGCAACAACAACAACGUUUUUAUUAAAGUGACAUUGAACUUAAUCGUACUAAAGAAUGUGUCGAACUUUUACGUAGUUGUGAAACUGUUUGCAAUUGUUAUGGGAGUAAUCUCCUUGCGGGCACUGAUUCCAGUGUCUGGUGCAAAUGUUUUAAUGUUACUGGUUCAAAAAUCUGAAUUGAUCGAUGGAACUGAUCAGGAUCGCUCAAUGAAUUGUAAAUACGUUUAUGAUGAAAAUACGUUUAAUGGUCCGUUGUAUCGAGUUUUCCAUUGAUUGCGCCGGUUGAAGGUAUCCUGAUCACUUCUACAGGAAAAGAACAAAAAGAAAAAUUGGAAAUACGCUUAUUUCAUUGUCACAGAACUUCCUGUCGGAUUUCAUGUUUCUCUUCAUGCGUGGUAAAUUCAAUUUUCGUGUCGUUCCUUUAUUUUUAUACUGGACCACGAGUGUCCGGCAUCGUCGACGACAAGACUUAAGUUUGUUAACACGUUCGAGCAUAAUUCUGGACCACUUGUUGCGGUCUAUUUUACGGUUAUCGAUAUAUUACAUGGAGCAUAUUGACUCUACGUUGCGCGGACCUAAUCUGGCGUUUUAGGUCCUUCGAAGAUCGAAUUUUAUGUUGUCGUGUUUUUUACGAUCUCGUGAUUUUUCUGCUACGGGUAGAUGAGUGAGCGCGAACGUGUUAAGAAACGUCCGAAUUUUCUUAAGUGUAUCGCGUGAGCGUGGAGUGAACAUGGACUUACAACAACGGAGUGUAGUUGAAUGAUCGAUGACAACUGGAAGAAAGUAAGUAGAGAAACAAAAAAAAAGAGGAGAAAAACAUUCAAACGAAAGAACAUCUUUACUCUGAAUUACAAUUUAUGUAAGGCUAAUUUUAAUUAAAUUUUAUUCAUCUAUAAUACGUUUAUCAUCUUUAUAAUUUAACAGUUUCAGAUGCGUGUGAUAAAAUAUUAAAGAAGUCGAAAGUAACGAUGUUAUUUUUACAAGCACUUUUAAUGUUUAAAAAAAAAAUAUAUGUGUAUAUGUAUAUAUAUAUAUACACAAUAGGAAAAACAAUUAUGUGUAAUUUUUCAAUAAAACAAAACAUAGUUGUAAAAAGGGCAUUAGAAUAACCGACUAAACAAUUAACCUUCAUUUGUAAAUACUCGUAAGCGUAUCAAUUUUUCACGUCUCAACGAAACUAUAAACGUAUCCAGGAACCAUGUUUCCUUAAUACUCAUCGAUAGUACUAAUAAAAUUAACAAUAAGUUUAACUAUACAAAAGAGUGAAAAAAAC